CGCUAAUGUUGCAGCAGGCGCUCGCGGUGUCAGCGGCGUCGUAGUCUGACGUCGUGCGGCAAAACUUCUCAACUGAAGAGCCGUCGCAACUGCGGGACUAAAGCAGACUCAAGAGGCAUUUAAGCAAUGAUUUGAAAGUAGUAGUUAUGAAUCUCAAUCCCUUUAAUAUGAGGGACGUUCAUUGAGCCUAGCAAAAAAGUGUAUUUUAUAUUUGCAAAACGGCACAACUUGAAGAAACAAGGUUCAAAAAUGCAGUUUCUUAUAGUGCUUUGUGGCACUCUUGUAAGCGUGUCGUUUUACAGUCAAGGUGUAGCUAGCAGCACUGGGUGCUCUUGUGGGCGGAACCACUUCACUUGUGCAGUGAGUGCCUUUGGGGAGUGUACCUGCAUCCCAGCACAGUGGCAGUGCGAUGGGGACAAUGACUGUGGAGAUCACAGUGAUGAGGAUGGCUGCAUGCUGCCCACCUGUUCACCACUGGACUUCCACUGUGACAAUGGCAAGUGUAUCCGCCGCUCCUGGGUGUGCGACGGGGACAACGACUGCGAGGAUGACUCUGAUGAGCACGACUGCCCGCCCAGGGAGUGUGAGGAGGAUGAGUUCCACUGUCAGAAUGGCUACUGCAUUCGCAGCCUUUGGCACUGUGACGGCGACAACGACUGCGGAGACAACAGUGAUGAGCAGUGCGACAUGAGGAAAUGUUCCGACAAAGAGUUUCGUUGUACUGACGGCAGCUGCAUUGCCGAGCACUGGUACUGUGACGGCGAUACGGACUGCAAGGACGGCUCUGAUGAGGAGAACUGCCCCUCUGAUGUGAUGGCGGCCACAUGCAGCAUGGAAGAAUUCCAAUGCUCCUACGGCCGCUGCAUCCUGGACAUCUACCACUGCGACGGAGACGACGACUGUGGGGACUGGUCUGACGAGUCGGACUGCUCCUCCCACCAGCCCUGCCGUUCUGUGGAGUUCAUGUGCAGCAGUGGUAUGUGCAUCAACGCGGGCUGGCGAUGCGACGGCGAGUUUGACUGCGACGACCAGUCCGACGAGAAGAACUGCACCACCUCCAUGUGUACCGCCGAGCAAUUCCGCUGCGCGUCCGGCCGCUGCGUCCGGUUGUCAUGGCGAUGCGAUGGUGAAAAUGACUGCGCGGACAGCAGCGAUGAGGAUGGUUGUGAGAAAACAGAGAACCCGCCUUGUGCCCCUGACCAGUUCCUGUGUGGAAAUGGUCGCUGCAUCGGCCUGCGAAAGGUGUGCAAUGAGGUCAGCGACUGUGGGGAUGGCACAGAUGAGCACCCCCUGCAGGAAUGCGGUCCAAGGUCCAGUGAUGAGAACUGCAGCGUGAACAAUGGUGGAUGUUCACAGAAGUGCCGCAUGACGCGUGGCUUGGUCCAGUGUACCUGCCACACAGGCUACAGGCUGGCUGAAGAUGGGCGGAACUGCCAAGACAUGGAUGAGUGUGCAGAGGAAGGCUACUGCAGCCAGGGCUGUAGCAACACGGAAGGGGGCUUCCAGUGCUGGUGUGUGCAAGGCUAUGAGCUCAGGCCUGACAAGCGAAGCUGUAAGGCUUUGGGACCAGAGCCGGUCUUGCUGUUCGCCAAUCGGAUCGACAUCCGACAGGUUCUGCCACAUCGUUCGGAGUACACGCUGCUACUGAACAAUUUGGAAAAUGCUAUUGCGCUGGACUUCCACCACAACCAGGAGCUGGUGUUCUGGUCUGAUGUCACUCUGGACCGCAUUAUGAAGGCAAACCUCAAUGGCAGCAAUGUGGAGGAAGUUGUGUCCACUGGACUGGAGAGCCCAGGGGGCCUGGCCAUUGAUUGGAUCCAUGACAAGCUGUACUGGACUGACUCAGGCACAUCUCGCAUUGAAGUGGCCAACCUGGAUGGCACACAUCGGAAAGUGCUGCUCUGGCAGAAUAUGGAGAAACCCCGCGCCAUUGCCCUGCACCCUAUGGAGGGGAAGAUCUACUGGACGGAUUGGGGUAACACCCCACGUAUUGAGUAUGCUAACAUGGAUGGUUCUAACAGACGUGUUAUCGCAGACACCCACCUCUUUUGGCCCAAUGGGCUGACUAUUGACUACGCUGGACAUAGGUUGUACUGGGUAGAUGCCAAGCACCAUGUGAUUGAACGAGCGGACCUAGAUGGCCGGAAUAGGAAAGCGGUCAUCAGUCAAGGGUUGCCCCACCCAUUCGCCAUCACCGUCUUUGAGGACAGCCUGUACUGGACUGACUGGCACACAAAGAGCAUCAACAGUGCCAACAAGUUCACUGGCAAAAACCAGGAGAUCAUCCGCAGCAAGCUGCACUUCCCCAUGGACAUACACACCCUGCACCCCCAGAGGCAGCCUGCAGGGGGCAGAAAUCGCUGUGCCAGCAACAAUGGGGGCUGCAGUCACCUGUGUCUCCCCAGCAACAAGACCUACACCUGUGCCUGCCCCACUGGCUUUAAGAAGGUGGACAGCCACAACUGUGCUGAGAGUCUUGACAAGUUCCUGCUUUUUGCCCGAAGGACGGACAUCCGACGAAUCAGUUUUGAUACAGAGGACAAGUCCGAUGAUGUCAUCCCACUGGCAGAUGUCCGCAACGCCGUGGCACUGGACUGGGACUCUCAUGGAGAAUACAUCUACUGGACUGACAUCACCACUGACUCCAUCAACCGGGCCAGAUGGAAUGGCUCCAAUCAGGAGGUAGUUGUAGACACCAGUCUCGAAAGUCCUGCUGGUCUGGCUAUUGACUGGGUGACCAACAAACUGUACUGGACUGAUGCAGGAACUGACCGGAUCGAGGUGUCUAAUGCUGAUGGCAGCAUGCGCACUGUACUCAUCUGGGAAAACCUGGACCGGCCGCGGGACAUCGUGGUGGAUCCUGUUGGAGGAUAUAUGUACUGGACAGACUGGGGGGCGAGCCCUAAGAUUGAGAGGGCUGGGAUGGAUGCCUCAAACCGCAUCGUAAUCAUCUCCUCCAACUUGACCUGGCCUAACGGCCUGGCCAUCGACUACCAGACAGAAAGGCUGUACUGGGCAGAUGCUGGCAUGAAAACUAUUGAGUUUGGCAAUUUUGAUGGCUCAGACAGAAGGGUGCUGAUUGGCAGCCAGCUUCCGCAUCCGUUUGGCCUCACUCUUCAUGAAGACAGGAUCUUCUGGACAGACUGGCAAUCUAAAAGCAUCCAGAGUGCCAACAAGCACACGGGGCUGGACCGGAUUACACUGUCCAGAAACCUGGAGAACCUGAUGGACAUCCACAUGUUCCACCGGCACCGCUCUGUAGUCCAGACCUCCUGCAUGGUGAACAACGGAGGCUGCAGCCACCUCUGUCUCCUGGCCCCAGCGCCUAAGGGCUCUAGCUGUGCUUGUCCCACAGGCAUCAAUCUCCAGGUGGACGGCAAGACCUGCUCUCAUGGAAUGAACAGCUUCCUGGUUUUCGCGCGGAGGACAGACAUCCGCAUGGUAUCCUUGGAUAUUCCCUACUUUGCAGAUGUGGUGCUGGCUGUGAAUGGGUCCAUGAAAAACACCAUUGCCAUUGGUGUAGAUCCCAAAGAAGGUAAAGUCUAUUGGUCUGAUAGCACGCUAAAGAAGGUCAGCAGAGCCAACAUCAAUGGCACAGAGUGUGAGGAUAUCAUAUCCACUGGACUGAUGACCACAGACGGACUAGCAGUGGACUCCGUGGGCCGCAAGAUAUACUGGACUGAUACAGGAACUAAUCGCAUUGAAGUGGCUAAUCUGAAUGGAUCCAUGAGAAAAGUUCUAAUUUGGCAGAACCUGGAUAGCCCACGAGCAAUUGCUCUUUAUCAUGAAAUGGGCUACAUGUACUGGACUGACUGGGGAGAGAAUGCUAAACUGGAACGCUCUGGUAUGGAUGGGUCGGACCGGGUGGUCUUGAUCAACAGUAACCUAGGCUGGCCAAAUGGUCUGGCGAUUGACCAGGCUGGAUCUCAACUACUCUGGGCUGAUGCUCACACUGAGCGUAUUGAGGCAUCUGACUUGAAUGGGGCCAACCGACGGACCUUGGUGUCUCCAGUCCAGCAUCCCUAUGGGCUCACCCUCCUGGGUCCAUACAUCUAUUGGACUGACUGGCAGAGCCGAAGUAUUCAGAGAGCUGACAAAACUACAGGGGGUAACAGCAUCAUUGUGAGAGGGAACCUUCCGGGCCUCAUGGACAUCCAGGCAGUGGACAGGGAGAGGCCUCUGGGUUUCAAUAAGUGUGGCAGGAGAAACGGGGGCUGCACUCAUCUGUGCCUGCCAAAUCCCAAUGGCACUUCCUGUACCUGCCCCACGGGCAUCGUGCUGAAGGCUGACGGACGCUCGUGCGACGACAGCCCGGAGACCUACCUGCUGUUCUCGAACCGUGUCAGCAUCCGUCGCAUCUCGCUGGACACCAGCGACUACACGGACGUGCAUGUCCCCGUGCCAGAGCUACACAAUGUCAUCUCGCUGGAUUAUGACAGCGUGGAGGGCAAGGUCUACUAUACUGACGUGUCCCUGGAUGUCAUCAGGCGUGCCAACCUGAAUGGCAGUGGUAUGGAGACGGUCAUCAGCCAGGGUCUGAAGACCACUGAUGGCCUGGCAGUGGACUGGGUGGCUCGCAACAUGUACUGGACAGAUACAGGCCGCAACACCAUCGAGGUGGCUCGUCUGGAUGGUUCUUCGAGGAAGGUCCUCAUCAAUAAUAGCCUGGAUGAACCUCGAGCCAUUACUGUGUUUCCCAGCAAAGGGUACUUGUUCUGGACAGACUGGGGUCACAUUGCCAAGAUUGAGAGAGCACAUCUGGAUGGUUCUGAUCGUAAGGUUCUGAUCGACACAGACCUCGGCUGGCCCAAUGGAUUGACAUUAGAUUAUGACACACGCAGGAUUUUCUGGGUGGACGCCCACUUGGACAGGAUCGAAAGCUCAGACCUCAAUGGGAGGCUCCGGCAGAUCCUGGUCAGCCCAGUUUCUCACCCAUUCGCCCUCACACAGUUGAAGGCAGUGACUUCUGCACUAACCCCUCUCUUCCAACUCUCGCAGCAAGACCGUUGGAUUUACUGGACGGACUGGCAAACCAAGUCCAUUCAGCGUGUAGAUAAGCAUACAGGCCGCAGCAAGGAGACAGUGCUGGCCAAUGUAGAGGGAUUAAUGGACAUCAUUGUGGUGUCACAGCACCGGCAGACUGGCACCAACCACUGUGGCGUGAAUAACGGAGGGUGCACUCAUCUCUGCUUCGCUAAAGCCAAUAGCUUUGUCUGUGCAUGUCCAGAUGAGCCGGACAAUAUGCCCUGUUCUACCAUUUCAGGUUAUGUCCCAACAUCUUCUGGCAAGAGUGUCACAAGCACGCCCUCAGCCACAGACAAACUUCCCUCCAGUCCGUCAGUAGUUAACUGCACGGACAGGAACUUGAGCCUAGGGAGAUGUGUGAAGAGCAGUGUGAUAACAGUCCCGGAUGGGGAAGGCCUUCACAUCAGCUAUGUUAUCGGAGGGGCACUUACCGUCUUAGCCAUCCUCAUUUUAAUAGCAUCAUUUAUCAUUUAUAGGCAUAAAAAAUCCAAGUAUGCUGACCCUGGAGUGAGCAACCUGACUUACAGCAAUCCCUCCUACAGAACAUCGACACAGGAAGUGAAAAUUGAAACUGUGCAAAAACCUCCGAUUUACAACCAACUGCGAUAUAAGAAAGAGAUUGGCAAUGAUAACAGCUAUACCAAGGAGAAGAUUAAGAUAGUUGAGGGCAUCUGCCUGCUUUCCAACGAGGAGCUGUACUGGGAGGACCUGAAGCAGAUCAAACCUUCGCGGGGCGGACUCCAUGUAUGCAUGAAGACAGACACUGUGUCGCUCCAAGCUAGCAGCGGCUCCCUGGAUGACACAGAGACAGAGCAGCUACUGCAGGAGGAGCAGUCCGAGUGCUCUAGCAUCAACACUGUCCCUAUGGCCACGCCUGAGCGGCACGGGGCCCUGCCUGACACAGGCUGGGUCACACCCCGCAAGCCCUCCACCGAGAGCGAGGUCUGAGCAGCGCCUCCCAUUACACACCCAACACGCCCAGCAGGCUGUCAUCUACGCCAGACACCACCUGUCCCCUCCCAGUACUGCUCUCCAUCUCAUUGCU